UAAUGAGCAUGGGCAAUGGAACGGGCCACCAAAUUUUGCAACCUUGAUCGGAGAGAUUACAAGGUCGAAAAUAGGGUUGGGGUAUGCAAAAUGGAAAGAGGUUCCUCCAGAAGACAAAGAAGAUGUUUGGAACUCUGUUCAAAAUAUGUACCAGGUAACAGCUAUCCAUAAGAAGUAUGUUUUAGCAAAAGCAAAUAGUGCUUGGAGAACUGAAAAAGUCAAAUAAAAAACGAUCAUUCAAUGAUGUUACAUCUGUGGAAGAAAAGAAAAGGAAGUUGCCAGCAUACAAUAAGAAAGAAGACUGGGAGAAAUUUAUCAAUAACAUCAGUGACCCAAAGUGGCUGAAAAAUCUGAACAAGCUGCGGAAGCACGGUCAAAUGUUAAGGCUCAAUAUACAGGUGGUAAGAAAGGUGUCCCUACAAGGUGGAAUGAAUUGGAAAAGAAAAGCCCUACUGGUCAGAUGUAUAGGCCAGAUGUGUUUCUGAAAACACAUAGAGCCUCCCCAGAUGAUGAUCCCUCGUCUUCUAAAUCACAGGAAGCUGCAAAACUUGCACUAGUGAAGGAGGCAUAUGAUAAAGAUCCUUCAGCACAAAAGUGUUUGGGCACUGACGCUGUCACCGAGGCUAGUGAUAUAUGGCGCUGAUCAAAAGGGAUACAUACGCAAAAUGGGUGUUGGUAUUUCUAAAUCUCAGUUUCUUGCUGCUGAGUUUAUGAAGGCCAAGUUGCAGGAAGUGAGGAACGAAUUGCGGAAAGUGAGGCAGAAAGCCGAAGCUUUGAAAGCACAGUUGGAUGUUGAAAGACAGAAAAACAGCACUGGAGUACAUGGUCAGAUCUGUGAUAGCUCUUAUCAACAGGGUAUUGGGAUCCCUUCGUCCUUUCCUUCGUCGUUUGGUAUUUGCUGUUUGAGGAACUUCAGAAAAAAGGUUGUUGCAAUUGCAUAUGUUGACACUAAGCUACUGAUUGAUGACCACUACGACUGCAUGAUUGAGGAAAUUAUUGAUCCAACUGCGAUGUUGUGCGAUAGAUAUGAUGAUGUUGUACUUGGGAAUGUUAAAAUAAGUGAGUUUUUUAAGUGGCCCAAGGCCUAUGUGACUACUGUAGGAGAGCCAUCAAGUUAGAAUGGUAGUGAGAGUAGAUUGAUUAGUUUUUUAAUUUUUAGGAUGUAACUUGGAGUAGAUUGAUCAGUUUUUUAAUUUUCAGGAUGUAACUUGGAGUUGCUAGGAUA